UGGGGCGCGGCCGGGGCGGCUCUGCCGGGCACGGCCCUGGGGCUGGCCGGAGCGGCGCCUGGCGGCGCAGAUCAGCGGGACAGCCUGCGGGAGGAGCAUGAGGCCGCUGCUGGACCUGCUGCUCUUCCUGGCCACGCUGCUCUACUCCUACCUGGAGGCGCUGGUGAAGCUCUUCGUGCCCGUGCGCAGGAAGUCGGUCAGCGGCGAGCUGGUGCUGGUGACGGGCGCCGGGCACGGCGUGGGCAGAGCCACUGCCCUCGAGUUCGCCAAGCGGCGCAGCAGGCUGGUGCUGUGGGACAUCAACAAGCACGGCCUGGAGGACACAGCAGAGCAAUGCCAGGAGCUGGGAGCCACCGUUCAGACCUUUGUGGUGGACUGCAGCAAAAGGGAGGAGAUCUACGGUGCUGCAGAGAAGGUGAAGAAGGAGCUUGGGGACGUCUCCAUCCUGGUGAACAACGCUGGUGUGAUCACGACUGCCGACCUGCUCUCCACCCAGGACCACCAGAUCCAGAGGAUGUUUGAAGUCAACAUUCUUGCUCACAUGUGGACCACCAGAGCUUUUCUGCCAGCCAUGAUGGACAACAACCACGGCCACGUUGUGACGGUGGCUUCAGCAGCAGGUCACUUUGUGACUCCCUACAUGGUGGCCUAUUGCUCCAGCAAGUUUGCUGCUGUUGGGUUCCACAAGGCCCUGACAGACGAGCUGGCUGUCCUGGGCAAGGAUGGCAUCAAAACCACCUGCCUGUGCCCGGUCUUUAUCAACACUGGCUUUGUCAAAAACCCCCGCACCAGGCUUGGCAAGAUCCUGGAGAUAGAGGAAGUUGUUGAGGCCCUGAUGGAAGGAAUCCUGACCAACCAGAAGAUGGUUUUUGUUCCAUCUGCUCAACGUGUUGCUUUGCUCUUUGAAAGGUUGUUUCCAGAACGUGCCUUGAAUUUUCUGAAGAAGCUGACUGACGUUGAGUUUGAUGCAGUUAUUGGGCAGAGAAGCACCCAGUGAAACCUGAUUCUCAUUUCCCAGUGGCACCAGUGAAAAGAGAAGGUGUGCUGAGCGUCCUGCAGCUCCUUUGGCUCACAGCAGCACCCAGAGAGCUGCUCCCAGGCCCCCAUUUCCAAGCAUCCCCCAAGGGUUUAUCCCCCAGCUGCAGCAGGGCCAAGCCUGCAGCCCGUGGGGUGUUGCCAGGGCAAAGCUGCAGCUCUGGAGGUCCAAAGGGCUGCUCUGGCUGCACUCACAUCAGCUGUGGUGCUGAGGCAGUCAGGAGCUGCUGCAGAGCUCCUCUUUGGGACUGCACAGCUGCCUGCUUGAGUGCAGAGGGAUGGCCUGAGAAUGGUCUGGGCUCAUCCCUCAGCAAAGAUGCCUUGCAAGAAGCAGUUUUGGUGGCCUCUUUCCCCUCAGUUUGCCUUUUUACGUCUAGAAAUGCUUUAAUGCACACUGAAUUUGCUUUGUGUGAGUACCUGCAAUGCUGCAGCCUCUGAUCUAAUGUGAUCCCUGGUGCCAUGGAUGAUCAGUUUUGCACUGGCACCAUCAACGUGCCUUACUAAGAAUAAAUGCAGAUUUUAUAACCCAAA